UAACAACUGGCAAGUGGGCAGGUUGUGAAAACGAAACGGGGGGCUAUGUUCACGCCACGACUCCAAUAAUCUUUAAUUAGUUCCUCUUUUUUCCUCAACAAGUCAGGGUCUGGUAGUUGCUGCUGUUGCUUUUGAAGUACUCCACCAACAUAGAAAGCAAAAUAGACCGAUCACAGAGCUAUUAGAUUCAUUGUACUGGGGACGGAAAGUUCGCGAACAUAGUACUAGUGCUGGAGCAAAGUAGAAUUGGUUACUCAGAAAAUAACUGUAUUGGGAAUUUUGAUGGAUUUAUCUUAAAGUGAGUGGUCACAGAAAUUCAAGAAAAUCAAGAAUGAUGAAGUAGUAUUACACCCAUGACAUGAAAGGUAUAUCUUUCUCAGAAUCACUAUCAGCCUUUGCAUUGGCAUACAUUGGCUGUGGUACAUGUAAUGGGUACAUCAAACCCAACUAUGCUUCUAGAAUUGUGGCUAAGAAGAGCAAGAAUUCCGAGACUCCUUCUCCUAAGGAUACUGAGACACCUCCUCCAAGGAUUACAUCAAACUUGAAGCAGAAUUUGCAGUUUCUAAGAUUAUGGAAGGACUUCCAAAAGAGAAAAUCCAGUACACCGAAGCCUGCAACCAGUUAUCGUAAGAAGAAGGUGGAGAAGGAAGAACUGCCAGAAGAUGAAGAGAUCUACCGUGAUCCUACUUUGGCACUAUACUAUACAAAUCAGGUCUUGGAUGGUGCUGUUCCCGUCUUGCUCGUUGAUGGAUAUAAUGUGUGUGGAUAUUGGCCAAAGUUGAAGAAGCAUUUUAUGAAUGGAAUGCUUGACAUUGCUCGUCAAAAGCUUCUUGAUGAACUUGUAUCAUUCAGUUUGCUAAGAGAGGUGAAAGUGGUGGCUGUAUUUGAUGCCAUGAUGUCUGGACUACCUACACACAAGGAAAACUUUGAGGGUGUUGAUGUAGUAUACUCAAGUGAAACAUGUGCUGAUGCAUGGAUUGAGAAGGAGGUGGUUGCAUUGAGGGAGGAUGGGUGUCCAAAGGUCUGGGUUGUCACAUCUGAUCACAAUCAGCAGCAUGCAGCCUAUGGAGCAGGGGCUUUUGUUUGGAGCUGCAAGGCGUUAAUCUCUGAGGAUUCCAAAUUCUGUUUAUCUACUUGUGGGGAGGUUUCGUCUUGUCAAAUUCAAAAACAUGACCAGCGUCGGUGCACCCUGUAUAAUCAAAGCUUCACAUAAGGAGGUUGAAAGAAUGCUGCGGGAACAUAGAUCUACUUCUAUGCAAGGUAAAUUGCUAAAGCACAACCUUGAUUCAGAAGUUGUGGAUGCUCUCAAGGACCUCAGGGACCAGCUUUCUCAAAAUGAGACGCGCAGGUGAUAGUAGUUUCCCGUGAGGUAAUAUCCGAGGCGAAGCCAGAAUUUUAAGCCAGUGGAUGCAAAAUCUAUCAUUACACACUACUUUGUGACAGUAGUUUGAUAUCAGUAUAAAUUUGUGCAUUUCAAAAAAUUAUUAAUGCACAAGGAGAUGCAAACAUUUACUUCUUGCUUUCCUUUUUUCUAAUUCAACAGUAGUCUCAGAAUUAUUGUGUGUCCAUUUCUACAUUGUACAGCAUCCUCUAAUUUCAGGGAGUGGUAUAUAAGUUGGAUCAAUUUAUUCUUAUA